GAGAAGAGCGUCACAGAGCCUCCUGCAGGACCUUCAUGUCAACCAGCAGCACCUGUAGAUCUGAAGACUUUACAUCUGGAACGAAUGAGACGGGAGCAGGAGAAGAGGGAGGAGAAGCAUCUAGAAGCAUCAGCCGUCCGUACAGCAGGACAGACUCCGUCUGCUAAGAAGACCAAGGCCAAAGGAAAGACCAAGAAGACCAAAGCGGGUGCCUGUGAGAUCGCUGCGGCUGCCACAGCGGACGAUGACUUCGACACCCUAAUAGAUGCUGUGUUGAAGGCAGAACGCGUCUGUAGUUUUGUCAAGUGUAAAACGUCAGUAGUUCAUCUGGGACAACUCUGUCUGUUCUGCAACAGACAGUACUGCCUCGGGUCCAUGGGUGUGGGAGACCAAGCCAAGGCCAAUGCCAGGAUGAGGAUUAGUAAAGAAGGUGUGCUGUAUGCUGGUAGUGGACACAAGGACAAGUCUGUAGAUCCUAACAAGAAGGCCUAUCUACACAGGAAGCUGGACUCCAAACUCAAAGGCAUGGAAAAGCAGCGGAAGACCAAACCCAAGGAGAAGGAGAAUAAUUGA